AUCCAUCUUUCGCCGACACCCGGGACCCACAUGGCAGCCACCCGCUCCCGGCCCGCCGCCGCCAGCGGCGACCACCACCGGUUCCUCCGCCCCGGCGCCCUCGCCCGCCUCCGCGACGCCAGGCUCCGCCGCGCGUCCCGCCUGCCCCUGCCCUCGUCGCCGGCGCCGGCGUCCCCCGCGUCACCUCCUCCUGCUGCUGCUGGCGACGGCCAGGGCGCCGCCGCCGUGCCGUACUUCGUGCCCGUCUCGAGGCUCCUCGCGCCGCGGUGCCCCCAGCGGAAGAAGCUCGCGGCGGCCAAGUACGCGGUGCUAUUCUCCCCGCCGCCCCCGAGCCCCGAUCUGCCCGUCGAGGCGGUUAUCGAGUUCCUGAGCUCGUCUGACAUGGUGGUGGCCGCCCACUAGAGUGUGUUAGUCGUGGUAGCGUUGUAGAUUUGUGGAUCUAUUCCUUGCUUCCUUCCUUAGCUUAGUGAGUUAUAAAAUUUUCCUCGUUUUGUUUGUACUGAUCUUGAUGUGAAAACAAAGAUAAAGAAGAGUGACUCCGCUAUGACAUACAAAAUUAUAAGAAAUUGGGGGGCAAGUUCCCAUUUCGCUAUGCUGGAUGAGUUGUGAACUGGAAUAAU